AACUGGGUUCGAACGAACCCCAUUGCUGGGUUUUGGAACCUAGAUCUAUGGGUUCAAAUUUCAGUGUUUUUUAAUGCUGGAAAAGAGAAUAUGCCAGUGAUGGAAAGAAUAGAAGCAGCAGCAGCAGCAGCAGAUGGGCAGAGAAGUGUUGGGUUUUGGUUUGCUUGGCUGGAAAAUUGUGCAAUUUUGUUGUUUAGACUCGUUUCUUUAGCUAGAAAUUGUUGAGUUUGUGUUUAGAUGCCGAGAAAAUUGUUUAAUCAGUAUUGUUUCAAUUGGUUGGACAAUGAGAAAAUUGUCUAGCUUUAUGAAACUCCUUUUAUUUGGGUGUUAAACAAAUUUUAUGAGAAAAUCGAGAGUUAAUUUUGAUUAAAAUUAAGUAUUUUCA